AUGGCAGCCAACGUUCGACGCCUUAUAACAACAAUACUACAAAUGUUUUUCGUGCUGAUUUUCCUAUUUUAUUUAAUCCUAAACACGAUCAUUGAUGUGGCUCGAUCGAAAUUAGUUUACACGACACAAACAUUCGACACAGCAACGGCAUUACCGCCGCCAGCUUUCACUCUUUGUAGUGACGAUGUAAAGUAUAAAUUUCAGUGUACGAGUUACGGAAAUACGACAAGUGAUUGCCCUGGUUUUGUGACUAAUGUUGACGUAUCAAAAGAUGAGACUUAUAAUAAUUGGUUUACUAAUUGCUAUGUAUUUCAAACCACUACACCGUUACUUAAACAAACGCCGCCUACUCCACCUAGAAAUUGGACAGCAUUUCAAUCACCAUUCUAUAUUAGAUACCAAUUAAACAACGCGUCAACAAUAUCAAAAAUGAAUCUAAUGAUAUGGAAUCCGUAUGACUUAACAAGAACCAAUUCGGAUAGUAACUCACUAUCGUCACUUCAAAUUCUUAAUCCGUACGAAACAUCCCAAUUAGAUGCAUGUCGUGAACGUGUAUACUCAUUCUACUGGCGAAAACACGUGUUUCUAAAUGGCACCGAAAAAUGGGAUGUAGAUUGGCGUGCAGAAGUUGGUGUCUCUUCGAACGCAUUCGGAAAUAAUAGUACGGCGGUUGGAGUCAUUCACUUCAAACCAGGGUCUUUUGAAGUGCCAACAACACGUGAAUACACUUCUCUUCCGUUUAUUUCAAUUCUCACUGGAUUUUUGGUGUUGUUGGCCGCGUUAUAUUCCACAUACUACGCCAUGGUUGGCGGACGUGGAAAAUAUCGUACUUGGGGUUGUAUUCAUAUGAUCACUAGAUAUUUCCCGCAACAGCACUUAACCCCGUCUGAAGAUGGUCAAGAAAGACCGACUGCUGAUAAUAUUCUUUGGGCGUAUUUGGAUGGGUUGGAUAAAGCGGAAUUCGAGAAAAAAUGA